CUUGUAAACUGAGAAAAAGAAAGAGAAAGAGAGAGACCUUAAACCCUUGAGAAUUCCCAGUUCGAUUUCUAUCACUCCAGCACUAAUUGUAUACCUUAUCUCUAUAUGAAUGGGAUCAAUUAAUUGGAUUGUUUUGAACUGAGAAAAAAUGGCGUCUUUAUCUCCAACUUUGUUGUAUCAAGAUCGAGGUUUGAGAAUUACGGCUGCCGGAGAUGUUCUUGUCGCUAAGAAAUCCCCUUUCCAUCCUUUUCAGAUAUCAUUUGCAGGUUCAUUUGCAGCACCCAUAUGGAAAUCAAGAAUUGGGUUGCGUAAAAAAUCAAAAACAACUCUUUCAUAUCCUUGUAUAAAGUGUGAGAAUUCAGAGAAUAAGGAAAACGAAGAGAAUAAAGAAAACGCAGAAAAGAAAGAACCUUCCAUCAAGCAUGUAACUGUUGAGCGGUUUCCAUAUUACAGUUACUUGGAUUCAACAUCCGGGCAGCUUGAACCUGCCUCUGGCGCUCGUGCAAGUAUCCCCGGCCAAGAUUAUUGGCCUGAGGGAACAGCCAGUCGAGUCAGAGCUGCCAAUGCUCCUGAACCAAGUGGAGUACCGUCAGGAUCUUCAUCUUUUGGUAAGAAACCAGGAAGUAGGAGAAAGAAAUACAAUUCACCAGCUUCUUCCGAUUCUUCGGAAGUAAGUGUAGUCACAAGUGAUGAGUUAGAGUUGGUUGACGAUGGAUCUGAAGAAUCCAAAGAUGUAUCAUCUGAUUAUGUUGUCUAUGAGACAGAACAAGUGAAAGAGAACUUAACUGAAUACGAGUUAAACAAGAAACUUGGUCUUCCUCACCCAUUUAUUGAUCCUAAAGUGAAGAAACCAAUAGAGGAGGCUCUCACUAGCGAUGAACUAUGGUGGAACUGGAGAAAACCAGACAAGGAACAAUGGUCCAGAUGGCAGAGACGACGCCCCGAUAGCGAAACUGUGUUUCUUAAAGCUAUGGCUGAGACUGGUCAGAUAAAGCUUUAUGGUGAAACUCCAACUUUAACAGAGACAUCUCUUUACAGAGCUAGACGUCAUAUUUUCAAAGAGGAGAGACUACAGGCUGAGCAGGAGAGAUUGGAAAGAAUAGGUCCACUUGCAUUCUACUCAGAAUGGGUAAAAGCUUGGAAGAGGGACACUUCACGUGAAGCUGUUCAAAAACAUUUCGAGGAGACUGGUGAAGAUGAAAACACACAGUUAAUCGAAAUGUUAUCUCAUCAAACCGAUAGAGAGUAUAGGAUAAUGAUGGGAACUGAUAUUCGAAUAAAAAGGGAUCCUUUGGCUAUGAGAAUGCGGGAGGAUCAGAUCAAAGAAAUUUGGGGUGGAGAUCCGGUGUAUCCAACUAUCAAUUAUAUCCAAGAUCCAGAUGAGGUGAUUGAUUUCAGGGGUCCAGAUUUUCAUGAACCAACCCCGAAUAUGUUGUCUUAUCUGAAAGAGCAUGGGAAGAUAAUAUCAAGAGAUGAGCUUGAUCAGAUCUUGGCCAACGAGAAAACUGAAGAGCUUGAGGUAGCUGACAUGGAUGAGGCAUUGGCUCAAGCAAUUGAUAUUGGGGAAAAUGAUGACGAAGCAGGGGACAGUGAAGCCGAGGAAGAAGAAGAGGAAGAGAAAAUAUCGCGAAAUUGGAGUGUUCUGAAGACUACUCCCCAGCCAAACAAAUCCAAGGUGGGUAAGCCGAAGAAAGAUGACAUGUCUCUAGAAGAAGCUGUUGUGGAUUCAGAAAACUUAACCGAUUUCCUCCUUGACUUCGAUGAAAGCGACCAAUAAUAAGUAAGUUACAUUUGUUUUUACAUAUCCUUUAAUUAUUAUUAGGGGAAACCGAAAUCAGAAGUCAGAUUGAAUGAUCAUAAUAUUAUAUGGAAAUUCUUUGAUCCUUGGAUUUUGUAAUUCUCUUAUCUCAAUUGGUAUUUGUAUUUGCUCUCAGGUCUUCAGAUAUUCAAUAGCUACCAUACAGACAGGUACUUGUGCUUGGUGUAUGGAAGGAGAAAUUGCAUUAUUAUUUGGUCACCUUUGUAGUAGUAGUGUAAAGCAACUCUUUCUAGGAUAUAUAUAAUUUGAAUUGUCUUCAUAAGAUAAAACAACAUUAUUGACUUUA